AGAAGAAGAAGAUGAGCGAAAGCAAACAGAGGAAGAGAAGACGGAGAGAAGAGAACACGAGCGACGGCGUUACGGAAGUUGACGGAAAACAAGCGACCGUUAAAAUGGGGGUGAACGAGAUCGUAACUUGUCUGGUUUUGCUCGAGGACCAAGAGAAAAUCGAUCUCGAAGAGGAGGAGAGAGCCAAUCAGGAAGAAAUCCUCCGAUUCGAAGAAAUCGACACCAGGAAAAAACGCGUGAUGAUUGAUUACUACUCCGAGCUUCAGGAUUUCCACAGAGAUUCAGAACACGCCGAAGCUGCCCGCCGGAGAAAGUCAAAGGCGAAUUCCUUCGCCGCCGCCGCCGCCGCCGCAAUGUCCGUGGCCGCCGAUUCAUUCUCCGACGACAAAAAUUCCGCCGUGCCUGACAACUCUCCGGCAGCCGCCGCUGGAGCCGGGACACAGCGACGGCUCUGGGUGAAAAACAGGUCUAGAGAUUGGUGGGACCAAUGCCAAAGCCCUAAUUUUCCGGAUGAGGAUUUCAAAAAGGCGUUCAGAAUGGGGAAAGACACAUUUGAUUUCAUAUGCAACGAAUUGAGCUCUGUUGUUGCUAAAGAAAACACUAUGCUGAGAGAUGCGGUCCCCGUCAGACAACGAGUCGCCGUCUGCCUGUGGCGGCUAGCCACCGGCGAGCCGCUCCGCCUCGUUUCCAAGAAAUUCGGAUUAGGCAUAUCCACAUGCCAUAAGCUCGUCCUCGAAGUUUGCUCCGCGAUAAAAACUGUUUUAAUGCCGAAAUACCUAAAAUGGCCCGACGAAGAACAAUUGAGUCGAGUAAAGGACAAAUUCGAAUCGAUUUCCGGUAUACCCAACAUAGUCGGAUCAAUGUAUACGACCCACAUACCAAUAAUCGCCCCGAAAAAUAGCGUGGCGGCUUAUUUCAACAAGCGACACACGGAUAGAAACCAAAAGACUUCGUAUUCGAUAACCGUUCAAGGGGUGGUUGAUCCAAACGGGGUCUUCACCGAUGUAUGCAUAGGCUACCCCGGUUCGAUGCCAGACGACCAAGUCUUGGAGAAAUCGACCCUUUUCCAACGAGCCAAUGCGGGCUUCUACAACGGGGUCUGGAUCGUUGGCGGAUCCGGAUACCCGUUGACAGACUGGGUGCUGGUGCCUUAUACGCACCAGCAUCUGACCUGGACGCAACACGCAUUCAACGAGAAGAUCGGGGAGGUACGGAAUUGCGCGAGGGGUGCGUUCGAGAGGUUGAAAUCGAGGUGGGGUUGUCUGCAGAAAAGGACCGAGGUGAAGCUUCAAGACUUGCCCGUUGUGCUCGGUGCUUGUUGCGUGUUGCAUAAUAUAUGCGAGAUGAGGGGAGACGAUGUGGAGGAUGCUGUUAGGUUUGAGGUCGUGGAUGACGAGAUGGUUCCAGAGAUUGGGUUGAGGUCCGCGAAUGCUAUGAAGGCAAGGGAUACGAUCGCGCAUAACUUAUUGCAUCAUAAUCAUGCCGGUACCUCGUUUCUAUCGUAGAGCGUUUGAAGAAAAUAUUGGACUGUUGUACAAUUCUUUGUGGUGUUAGUAGAUUUUAUGUACAUGGAGAGGAUUGUGUGUUGUAGCUGAAAUCAUAGUCAUACAGAGAAACUAUAUACAAGUGGUAGUGUAGUUCUUACGGCAGUUAGAAAUGGCUAGGUGGUUUAAAUAAUUUAUUUUUAUUAUUUUUUCCAUUGUUGUUGCUAACCAAAGUAAUGUAUUUUAAGAUUGCAAUAGAAAUUUGAUAUUUAUUUUAU